AUGGAAAACUUCACAUUCAACAGCUUCACACUGCAGUUGGAGGGCUUAAAAGUUUCUAAAUACUCGAUGUACCCUGUCUUUAUGUCGUUCUUUUUCUCCUACCUCUUUAUAAUGAUUACAAAUGUUGGCAUUGUAAUCCUGAUUUUUAUUGACAAAAGCCUUCACCAGCCCAUGUAUCUGCUUUUCUGCAACCUGCCAGUUAAUGACAUUGUUGGGAACUCGAUCAUGGUGCCUCGUUUGCUUUCAGAUAUGUUGCAGCCUCCAUCUGAGCGUCUCAUCAGUUAUUAUGAGUGCGUGGUGCAAGCUUUUACCUCACACAUGUUCGGCACCUGUUCUUACACAGUGCUCAUGAUUGGUCUGACCAUUCGACUGAACCGAUGCAGAACUCUGAUCAUGAAUCCCUACUGUGAUAACCCCUCUUUGUUUAAGCUCUCCUGUGAGAGUGUGUUUAUUAAUAAUGUGUACGGUCUCACUUUCACCGUCAUCCUGUUCACAUGUUCCAUAGGCAGCAUGGUUCUCACCUACACUAAGAUUACAGUCGUCUGUCUCACCAGUAAAAACAAGUCUUUGAACAGUAAAGCCUUAAAGACGUGCAGCACUCAUCUGGUUGUGUAUCUCGCCCUGCUGAUGAGUGGAUUUAUUAUCAUUAUUCUGCAUCGCUUUCCUCAUUACUCUGAAUACAGAAAACUGUCUGCCGUUCUGUUUCACAUUGUCCCCGGCUGCCUCAACCCCGUUAUUUAUGGCAUACAUGGACCAAUUGGCUGGAUUAAGGAGUUCCUCAAAGUGCUCUUUCCACUGUCUGAGGACAUCCCAAGAUUGGGCCGUUCCUCCCAAUCACCUCGUGCAGGUACCAUCAUCAUUUCCCACCCGAGCGUUGAAGUCUCCCAGAAGAACUACAAAGUCCCCAGGUGGUUCCCCUUCCAGGACACCAGUCAGAGACUACAAGAAGGCCGGGUACUCCGAACUGCUCUUUGGUGCAUAGACACUAACAACAGUCAGAGACCUUCCCAUUGCGACUGGCCCAGGUACCCGCCUUCGCCUGCUGCCUGGCUCACAAUCCACCCGACCCCUGUGCCCUACUCUGCGGGGGUGGGCCCAUAG